AACUUCCUGGAGGAGCAGACGGCAGUAGCUUUAAUUUUCAGCUAGCCGUUUGGUGGCGAUGAAAGUAAAUGCAUACCAAAAACAAAUGACAACAUAGUUUGUCAGUUCAGGUCACCGUCCGUCACAUGUCAGCGCCGUUAAAUGUGGCGUGUUUAACGUUACGGGUUGGUGACAGUCGGGGAGCUAACGCGGCGUUCGCUGGCAAACGUUAACAACAACUUCGGAAAUCUCGAGCAGCGAUCAUGAUGGCGUCUAGUUACAACGCCAAAGACGAGGAUGGGCACAUCACCGUGACCGGGCCCGGUGGCGGGACUCUGCGGAGCAAGAAGCCCGAAAACACCGCGUUUAAACAGCAGAGGCUGCCCGCCUGGCAGCCCAUCCUCACCGCGGGCACCGUGCUGCCUGCCUUCUUCAUCAUCGGACUCAUAUUCAUCCCCAUCGGCAUCGGCCUGUACGUAACGUCCAACAACAUCAAGGAGUUUGAGAUUGAUUACACUGGAGUUGACCCGUAUAGCCCCUGCUUCAACUGUGCCCAGAACUUCAGCUGGAACAGCACAAAGCCUUGUACCUGCACAAUCCCCUUCUACCUGGAGCAGCCAUAUGAAAGCAACGUCUUCAUGUAUUACGGCCUCUCCAACUUCUACCAAAAUCACCGCCGCUACGUCAAGUCAAGAGAUGACAGCCAGCUGAAUGGAGACACGGUCUCCCUCAUGAAACCCAGUAAGGAGUGUGAGCCGUACGCUACUAAUGAAAACAAGCCAAUUGCACCAUGUGGGGCCAUCGCCAACAGCAUGUUCAACGACACAUUGGAGCUUUUUUACAACGAUCCCAACGGCACAAAGAUCCUGAUUCCUCUGACGACUACAGGCAUCGCCUGGUGGACCGACAAGCAUGUGAAGUUCAAGAACCCUGGAGUCAACAACCCAAACCUCACAGCAGCUUUCCAAGGUACAACGAAGCCGGUGAACUGGCGCAGGCCUGUUUACGAGCUGGACGCUGAUCCAAACAACAACGGCUUCAUCAACGAGGACUUUAUCGUGUGGAUGAGAACCGCUGCCCUGCCAACCUUCCGCAAACUCUAUCGCAUCAUCAAUAAGGCUAACAACAACAUGGUUCCAACUCUGCCGCGAGGGAACUAUACCUUGGAGGUCGUCUACAAUUACCCUGUUCGCAGCUUCGACGGCAGGAAGCGGAUGAUCCUGAGCACCAUCUCCUGGAUGGGAGGCAAGAACCCGUUCCUGGGCAUCGCCUACAUCACCGUGGGCGCAGUCUGCUUCUUCCUGGGCGUCGUCCUGCUGAUCAUCCACCACAAAUGUGGCAACCGCAACAACAGCGCUGACAUUUCUAACUGAGACGCCCGCUGCCCUCCAGCUCACCUCUGCUGCAGUGAACAGUGAUCCUGUGACAUCUGUCAGGGUAAACUUUCAUCCAGAGGCCAGAUUUAAAAAAAGCUAAUGUCCUCAUCAACUUCCUCAGCAGUCAGACAUGAGUUUUAGGGUUUAAAACCGCUUAAAUAAUAACUAUUUGCCAAAGUGAAUGGAAAAAGGAGCCAAAAAUCUACAGCCACAGCCAAUGUCUAACAGCCGGGUAUCCAACUGAUGUGUCACAUGAUCAGCUGCCUUUAGAUUCAAUCAAGUACUACUGAGAAUUCCUGUUCAGGCCUGGAAAAGUAAUGUGGAUUUAAUAAAGUGUGUCCCACGUCUAGAAAAGUUUGUUAAUCUGACAAAAACUGUAAAAUGACUGCAGAACUUUGCUGGGACCAAAAAACUGAAACCAACCUGAAAAGAGUUUAUGUUCUGCAGUCCCACACAAAUUACACAUUAGUGUCUUAAUACGAGAUUUUCGUGCUAUAUGUACGCUGAAUGAGUAAUUGUUUACUGUAGUCAUUUCUUCUCUUCAUCCUGACUGAUACCUUCAUACACAGACUACACUGUAAAAAAUGGGGGGUACAAAGACCUCGUCCGGUACAAAAACACAUUCUAGUGUUAAGCUUAAGUUUAAACUUUCUGGGCAAAAUUAUCCAAAACUUUCUGCUUCUCACAUGUGAACAUUUGCUGGUUUCUUCUAGGAUUUUAAAUUUAAUAUCUUUGGAUAGUUGCUCAGACCAAACAGUCAGCUUGGGCUUGGUGAAGUUGUGACAUUUAUGGAACAUACAAUUUAUCAAGAAAAUAAUCACUAUAUUUAGCUGCAGCGCUGGUUAGUCCACAGAAAGGAAUUGCUUUACUGCAAAGUAGGACUGUACCUAACUAUUAUUAUUUUCAUUAUUGAUUAAUCUGCUGAUGAUUUCCUCAAUUAAUCAUUUACUUGAUUGGCCCACAAAAUUGUGAAAAAUGUCGAUCAGUGAUUCUCAAAGUCCAAGGUGUCGUCCUCAAAAGUCUUGUUUUGUCCUCAGCCCAAAUAUAUUCAGUUUAAUAUUGUCUUUAAAAAGGGACUCAAAGCGAUUAAUCAAAUAUCAAAAUGGUUGCAGCUAAUCGAUUAAUCCACAAAUCGUACUGCAGAGCAGCAACAGGACGGAUGAUUAAAGAAAACAACUCCUUAAACAUACAUGUAGCACGUGAAUAGUUUAAGACAAACGUGACAAAAUCCAAACCCAUCCUUUCAAGGCUGAUUUUGAAUUUGACUGCGUUCAACCCACAGAAAAAAACCCAAACUGAAUAAAUGUAUUUAAUAUUUCUCAACCUGGCAAAACGGAGUAGACACUGAAUUAGCUUUUAGCCCAUUACUUUUACAGAAAAUAUAAUUUAGCUGCAUCAUAUGAUCCUUGUUUAAAACAAAAAAAGGAUCUGCCCGUGAAUGACUGUAAAAUUUGGGUAAACUUCCAGACCCCUUUAGACUCUUUAAGCUCCAAGCUGGUGCAGUCAAGGUUAGCUGGAGUGUUCUUACAUCUUGAGUUGCAUGCUGGUUAGCAGAGAUGUUUAAUGUGAUAAUCGAGCUUCUCGAGCAGCUCAUCUUUGUGCCUCGUUUUCGUCUGUGACGUCAAUCUUAAUGCUUUUACUGAAUGGUAGUUACACGUCAGAGGGAACGCAAAUUUUUUUUUUCUGGUUUUUUUUUUUUAAGCUGUACGAAUAAAUGUUUAAUUUUUUAAUAUUUAUUUUAGAGUUUUAAGUCAUUUUUGCAUUGGAAAGCCAGUAUUUGCACGCCAGAGCUCAGGGGACUUGAGUCUUAAUUGGGUUUAAAAGUCGCUGCCUUGGUUUUGAGUGUGUAAAUCUAAUCCAGAAAAAUCUACAUUGACACGGUGUCGCUUCAGUCAUUGUCGUUUACACGCAAUAAUAACACUAACACUAUCAACACAGCAUGAUUAAACGGUAACGCAGUAUGAGUCGAUACAUAUGAUUAAAUGUUUACGUGUUUGUCACUCAAUAUUUACACUGCUGAGAGUGAAUCUAAUGCACACAAGUAGUUUUACACACGAAUCCUGCCAUGUUCAGCCCUCCAGGACCUGAGAUUAUACAUUUAUUAAAAAAGAUGCAUGUUGAAAUGUGCUGAGUCAAAAUAUGUUAUGUAUUUUCGUUUAAUACAUUUCAUUAAGAUAAAUUGUUCAGCACCACAACAAUGUGAAGCACUAGAUUUGACAUUUCUUUUGAUACUCCAUUUGUGUUGUACUGUUGUGCUUUAAAAUAAUAAAUUGGUCUCUGACUUGA